GGCCCUGCUUCCCCUGCUUCCGCCUGCGCUGGGAGCCGCCGGGCGGCGAGGGGCGGGCAGCGGCAGCGAUGGGCCGGCGCCGGACCUGGGCCUAGCGGCAGCGGGCAGGCGGCCGCGGCCAUGAGCGGAGCUGCGAGCUGCCAGGAGGGCGGCGGCGAGCGAGGGCCCCGCUGGAGGAGGCCGUGGAAGCUCCUGGCCCUUGGCCUGCUCUCCGCCUCCUCCGUGCUGGCGGCCGCCCCGGGCGCCGGGGCCAUGAGCAAAGAGGAGAAGCGCCAGCUGGGAAACCAAGUGCUUGAAAUGUUUGACCAUGCAUAUAGCAAUUACAUGGAGCACGCGUACCCAGCGGAUGAGCUCAUGCCUCUAACGUGCCGCGGACGAGUGCGGGGUCAGGAGCCCAGUCGAGGGGACGUGGACGACGCCUUGGGAAAAUUCUCUCUGACCUUGAUUGACACCUUGGACACUCUUGUGGUGUUGAAUAAAACCAAAGAGUUUGAGGAGGCUGUAAGGAAAGUAAUAAAGGAUGUGAAUUUAGACAAUGACAUAGUUGUGUCUGUCUUUGAAACCAACAUAAGAGUCCUUGGAGGUCUCCUAGGUGGGCAUUCAGUGGCAAUUAUGCUGAAAGAAAAAGGAGAAUAUAUGCAGUGGUACAAUGGUGAACUUCUUCACAUGGCAAAGGAACUGGGCUACAAACUUUUACCUGCUUUUAACACCACCAGUGGUCUCCCUUAUCCAAGAGUUAACUUAAAAUUUGGAGUAAGACAUCCAGAAGCAAGGACAGGAACAGAAACUGAUACCUGUACAGCUUGUGCAGGUACCUUGAUCCUUGAGUUUGCAGCUUUAAGCCGAUUCACAGGAACAGCUAUAUUUGAGGAAUAUGCCCGGAAAGCCCUGGACUUUAUCUGGGAGAAGCGGCAGCGCAGCAGCAACUUAGUGGGAGUCACCAUUAACAUUCAUACUGGCGACUGGGUUCGCAAAGAUAGUGGAGUUGGAGCAGGCAUAGAUUCCUAUUAUGAAUAUUUAUUAAAAGCCUAUGUCUUGCUGGGAGAUGACAGCUUCCUGGAGAGAUUUAACACGCACUACGAUGCAAUAAUGAGAUACAUCAGCCAACCACCUCUUCUUCUUGAUGUUCAUAUUCAUAAACCAAUGCUAAAUGCUAGGACCUGGAUGGAUUCUUUGCUAGCUUUCUUCCCUGGCUUGCAGGUGCUGAAGGGUGACAUUAGACCUGCCAUUGAAACUCAUGAGAUGUUGUAUCAGGUGAUAAAAAAGCAUAACUUUCUUCCAGAGGCAUUCACAACAGACUUCAGAGUUCACUGGGCUCAGCAUCCUUUAAGGCCUGAAUUUGCUGAAAGCACUUACUUCCUCUAUAAAGCUACUGGGGACCCUUAUUAUCUAGAAGUGGGAAAAACACUCAUUGAAAACUUGAACAAGUACGCAAGAGUGCCUUGUGGAUUUGCUGCAAUGAAGGAUGUUCGUACAGGAAGUCAUGAAGACAGAAUGGACUCCUUCUUUCUGGCUGAGAUGUUUAAGUAUCUUUACCUGCUGUUUGCUGAUAAAGAAGACAUGAUUUUCGACAUCGAAGAUUAUAUCUUCACUACAGAAGCUCAUCUGUUACCACUUUGGCUUUCUACUGCAAACCAAACCAUCUCCAAAAAGAAUACAACUACAGAAUACACAGAGCUGGAUGACAGCAACUUCGACUGGACCUGUCCCAACACCCAGAUUCUUUUCCCAAACGACCCCAUGUUUGCUCAGAGCAUUCGUGAGCCUUUGAAAAAUGUGGUGGAUAAGAGCUGCCCCAGGGGAGUUUCCAGAGUAGAAGACAGUUUGGGAAGUGGACCAAAGCCACCAUUGAGAGCCAGAGAUUUCAUGGCCAGUAAUCCCGAACACUUGGAGAUACUGAAGAAGAUGGGAGUCAGUUUGAUUCAUCUGAAGGAUGGAAGAGUACAAUUAGUACAGCAUGCAGUGCAAGCAGCAAGUUCCCUGGAUGCUGAGGAUGGCUUACGCUUCAUGCAGGAGAUGAUUGAGCUCUCCAGUCAGCAGCAGAAAGAGCAACAGCUACCUCCUCGUGCUGUUCAAAUUGUUUCCCAUCCCUUCUUUGGCAGGGUGGUCUUGACUGCUGGACCAGCACAAUUUGGGAUGGACUUAUCCAAACACAAAGCAGGGACAAGAGGAUUUGUUGCAACCAUUAAGCCAUAUAAUGGAUGCUCAGAGAUCACUAAUCCUGAAGCAGUGAAAGAGAAGAUUGCUCUGAUGCAGAGAGGCCAGUGCAUGUUUGCUGAAAAGGCACGAAACAUUCAGAAAGCUGGAGCAAUAGGAGGCAUUGUUAUUGAUGACAACGAGGGAAGCAGCAGUGACACGGCUCCUCUCUUCCAAAUGGCUGGCGACGGGAAGAACACCGACGACAUCACAAUUCCCAUGCUCUUCCUCUUCAACAAGGAAGGGAACAUCAUCCUGGAUGCCAUCCGGGAGUAUGAGGCUGUGGAGGUGCUCCUUUCUGAUAAAGCAAAAGACAGAGCAACAAUCUUUAAAGGUAAAAUGAUUCCAAACUACAUUAUUGAUAGCAACUUGGAAGUGGAGAAUAUGGACCAGAAAUUGUCUGAAAAUGAUUCACAUAAACCGAAUUCAGAAGAAGCUGCUUCAGCAUCUCAGGAUGUUGGCACAGUCAGCGAGGAACCCGAAGAAGGAGAAAGCUCUGAUGUUACUGACUCUGACUCUCUAUCUCCUGCUGACACAGCCAGUGACAGUGUUUCUGUUUCAAAUCAGGAUUCCUCCGUCCCUGGACGCCAGGAGGCUGGUGCUCCAGAGCCAGCAUGUCCACCAGGGGACAGCCAGCCUCAGGAACAACAGACUGAGACAGAGCCAAAUUCCAAAGUUAACUGGGAUAGUAAAGUCCAGCCUAUGGAAUCCAUAUUAGCAGACUGGAAUGAAGAUAUAGAGGCAUUUGAAAUGAUGGAGAAGGAUGAGCUAUGACUUGGAAUAAUAACUUAUUUGUUAGGAAACAGAUGGAGAACUCUUUGGGUGGAAGUGAGGCCCUGAGAUCUGACAACUAGAAAACAUAUUCAGUAUUGUGGCAAGCAGCCAGGUGCCACCUGGAAAAUACCAUAGCAACCCAGCACCCACUGCUUGUCUUGGCUGAAUCUGUCCUCUUUGACAAUGGGAACGUGCAAUCCAAGCAUUUGCCUGGCUCCACAGCAUGGUGCUGUAGCCCAGGAGGCUGAUUCAGGGAACCAGCCCAGCUUCUGCCUUCCAGGCUUCCAGUGGUCACCCUCCCUUGGUCUCUGGAAAGCAGAAGUCGAGCGCUGCGGGAUUAAUGUACCACCUAAUGGUUAUCCCUGAGAGCAGCUCAGGGCAGUAGGUCAGCUGCUGUUCUGCUUGGAGCAAAGGUGUGGUUUCACUGGUCUCUGCUGAGGGGAAAGCCUCUCUUGAUAGCAGCAGGUGAGGUUAUGUUUCCAGUUGUGGUGUCUUCAAGAUACAGCUAGAAGCAGGCUGAUUUUUGUCUUGACAUAUCAUACUGAGGUUUUGUGUUGCUGGCCACUGCUUCCAUCUGUUACCAUGAAGAGCAACCACGAUGACAUGCGAGUUGUUUUCCUUCUGCUUCACUUCCAGCCAGAGAAACCAUAAACCAAAGGCAACCUGUGCUUUGGAAGCAAGCCCCAUGAGGGAAACUGAGACAGCCUUGGGAUCUUGGGACUCUGGGAUCAGAGAAACUGAGUCAGCCUUGGGGUCUUGGGACACUGGGAUCAGGGAAACUGAGACAGCCUUGGGGUCUUGAGACCCUGGGAUCAGGGAAACUGAGACAGCCUUGGAGUCUUGGGACCCUGGGGUCAGAGAAACUGAGACAGCCUUGGGGUCUUGGGACUCUGGGAUCAGAGAAACUGAGACAGCCUUGGGGUCUUGGGACACUGGGAUCAGGGAAACUGAGACAGCCUUGGGGUCUUGGGACCCUGGGGUCAGGGAAACUGAGACAGCCUUGGGGUCUUGGGACCCUGGGGUCAGGGAAACUGAGACAGCCUUGGGGUCUUGGGACCCUGGGAUCAGGAAAACUGAGGCAGCCCUGGGGUCUUGGGACUCUGGGAUCAGGGAAACUGAGACAGCAUUGGGAAGCAGCUAAAGGUUUGUGGUGUGUUGUGGAGGUUAUGCUUGAAGUUAAGGCAGAGCAGACAAGGCAGAUGUUACAUUUGGCUUUCCAAGCUGAAAAACUCUUCUGCCCCAAGGCAUGGAAUUUCAAGUGGCAGUGGUCUCUGCCAGGACAUUAAGCACAGCUGAUCUAACAAACAUCUUCCUUCUCCUACAAGUUUGACUUCUAACAGCUUCACUUUGCUGCCGUUCUUUUGAUAUGCAAACCUCUACCGGUGUGAUACUGCAAGGCAGUGAGGCCAGUACCAGUAGUGAAGUGCUGAUGGGGCCACAGUGUAGUGGUGUGAGCUGUGGGGAUGGCUGGUCUGUUACUCUGGGCUUUGGGAGUUCCUUACAGCAAAGUGUGAGUCCCAGUUUGUUAUCCCAAUGAUGCAAACCUCACCACUGAAAUAAAACUGGGGAUGGUUAAGCUCCCCAGAGACGUUUUGACUGUGUCCAAAGAAACUGCCAAAAUACUCAAGUCACUUGAUUUAUAGAGACUGCUUGUGGUGAAUUGUGCUUCAGAGAGUUGUUUUAUAUGAAAGAGUAAAUUAACACUGCCUAUAUGCUGCACCUGGGUAAAGAUGAAGGCUAAAAUGGAAAGGAAAGGGGGAAAAAGCAGCCCCAGUCUGAACUGCACCUUUCACGGAGCUGGUGACGUGGUGCAUGCUGGAUGUGCAGCUGUUAAUUGCCAGAGCCAUACUGGACCCAUUCGUGUCCUCCUGCAGGGCAUGGGCAUGGAAACCCCAGGCCAGUGUUGUCUCCAUGUCUGCUCAGCUGUCUGGUGCACAGGCAGCUUCUGGAGAGCAAGCCAGGCAGAGCAUCACCCCAAAACCCAGUGCUCAGUGGCGCUGCUCAGGUCAGAGGCCACUGCGAGGAGGCAGCCGGGCAGUGACUAAGUGUCCUUGGGAACACAGCGGCUUUGCCAUGCAGUCCUCAUCCCUCUGCACCAGCAGCUGCCUGCAGCCUUGGGGGGAAGGAGCAGAGCUUGCAGCAGCUGGGGGUUCGCUUGGGAAUCUGUUUGUGUGGCUGUCGUGUUAAGUGAGGUUCUUGGUGUGUGUUCCAGCAGGGGAGCCUUCUAAGUGUCCUUGGAGCCCAAGUCAGCACCCAAGGGUGCUGCACUCCCCUGGUAGCACCAGGCUGUGAGCCGUGUGGCCAGCUGCAGUCAGCUGCGGGGUCGCCACCAUUCGUGUGCAAAUCAAACUCUUUCUUCUGAUAACUCCUCUGGUCUGUCAGUGCUUAGUGCCACAAAAGGAGCAUCCUUGUUGCCCAUGCCCUUCAUCUUCACACUCGUUAGCGUUGGUGGCGGAGGUGGAAUCAUUUUGAUAGCUAUAGGAGCCCUCUGGUCACUAUGUUACAGCUGCCAGGAAGCCAACUGCAGGUUCUCUUCUUCUACUUGCAGAAAACCUGGGUGUAGGUUUGAAGUGUGCUCAGAAGAUCCUUCCCCUGCCAUCACCAGCUUGGUUUUAGCUAACUGCUUUUUCCCACAUCGUGCUGCUGAAGCAGCAGACAUUAGCAGCCCCCUUCGGGGGGAUUCUGAGUGACCCCAGAGCUCCCUAGGAAUUGGAAGAAGAAUUUUGGUGGUGGCCUACCUCAGAUUAAGUGUUGCCUCCUUCCUUUCAGGUUGGUUUUCUUUGUUUUAGCUUGUUCUACGUUUAACUUCUGAGCCCACCAGGAGAGCCAUAGCUUUGUUUACAGAACUGAACUGGGGUAAGGUUAACCUUUGGGGCCAGAGGGCUAAACGAAGGAGGGGCAGCUGUAUUCAGGUUGUUUUCACUUUGUACUUAAUGCUGAGGAAAUAGGCUUCAGCUGAACCUUUUCGUAUCAUUCUGGGAAUAAUUUGGUUUCAGAGUUUGAACUGAAUCCCCAAAUUCAAUUCACUUUCCUUUUAAGAAUGUAUGCAUCCAGAAACCAAAACCUUUUGGAGAGGGGAGUAAGGUUCCCCCCUCCUCCAAGUUUUUAGAGGUCUGCUCCUUCUGUGUGGCAUGUUGCUGGUGCAUCAUUAAUCAGUCAUCACCUCUCUCUACUGUACAUUUGUUUCUAUGGUAUUGGGCACUGAAGAGUUCAGGAAUCACAGCUGGAACUAGCACUUACUCCAUGCCAUGUAAUUCAGAGCAGCCAAUUAGUCUAUCCUUUGAUUGUUAGAAGAAUCUUCUUAAUUGUUUACAUUUAUUGUCUCUUAAUGAAGUUUCACAACAAGCCCAGCUUUGGUCCUCCUCCUCCUCCUGCUGCUGCUAGCCUGCCUGGAGGCACAGCAGCAGGCACAGCUGAGUUUAGAUGGAGAGGUUAAAACCAGAGGACAUCUGCUAAAGACAUCAGUCAGAACAUAGGGGUGGGGGGGGGAAAGACCCAUUCUGUGAAUGAAAUAUUGUAUGUUGGGGUUUUAUAAGGUUAUUACUCUCUGGGUUUUUAGCCAGCCCACUUUACAGCCCUCUAUUUUCUUAGGAGAGAUGUCUAAUAACAGGUGCUGUAAGAGCAUUGUUGGGUUUUACUGCCUGCUGGGGAGCCUGUAGGAGAUUUCUAAGGGCGACUCUGUACUGUGAUGUAACAGCCUGGGCUAAGGUGUACAUAACUCCUGUACAUAAUUGUGUACUUGAUUAUAACUGCUGAUUGUAAAGAUUUAAUAAAAUGUAAAUACUCUGCCCCA